AUGUUCAUCACACUGCUUUGCAUAUGCACGUGCGCGCUGGCAUUGCGGCCGCCGUCGACGCUUAUCGACAAAAGGAGCCUCCGCCGCGCCGCGCCGGACGACGACGAGGACGCGCGGCUCGGUCGCCAGCGCUUCGCCGAUGCGCUGGACGACGGCGCGCUCGCCGAGGGCUACGAGCAGCGCUUUCCGCUGCCGCUCGUGACGGCGGCGCUGCUCGCGCCGACGGUGCUCGCGGCGGCGGCGCCCGUGCUCGGCCUGCUGCCGGCCGGCGGCGCGCCCGACGACGCGCCGCGCUUCCUGCUCGCGACGGCCGGCGCCGCGGCGGUAAUGCGAGGGGCCGACGCGUCGCUCCUCCGCGCGGCCGUGGCGCUGCCGCUCUGCCCGCUCCGACUCACGGGCGACGACGAUGCGCUGCCCGCGCGCGUCGCCGCGCGCUACGGCGAAGACGAUUUGGCCGCGGCGGCGCUCGCCGCCGCCUACGCGACGACGAGCAGCGUCUUCGCGCACGGCGUGCUCCAGAUGUACUUAACCGACAGCGCCAUCCGCAUCGCGUCCAUCGGCGCGAUGUGGGCCAUGCCGGCGGACUACGACCCCAUCGAAACCUGGUGGUGGCCGCUCGUCGCCAGCUGGACGGCGUUGGCCCCCGUGGUUGCCGCGGCGGGCGCCGGCGCCGCGGGCUACGCCUGCGAGCGGGCGCUCCUCGACCCCUGGCGGACCGAAUCGUCGCCGGCCGCCACGGACCCGCGCGUCGCGCGC